AUGCUUUUCAACGCCCCAAAGCUCGCUUUGCUCGCUCUCAUCUCGUCGGUCUCCGCACAAGCAGGCUUGAACUGUAGCGUCAAGGGGUACGAUACUGGCAAACACCCAGCCUACUACGUCAACAGCACAAUCACGACGCCCGCCGCGUGCAAAGCAUACUGUGCCGCCAGCGUCGCGAGCAAAUGCUCUAGCUUCGCAGUUGGAGGUGGAUGCUUGCUGUAUAAUGUUACGGUCAACGGCAAUGUCAAUCCUAUGAACACCAGCACGUUCACCUUUUAUGACGAAGCCUGCACAGUCUAG